UGUCGCUGCUGCUGCCCUUCACAUUAAACACAAUCCCGUUGGGGAGGAAGAAACUCCGCGCAGAGAGCAAGGCAAGGGACAUAUUAACUUAAUACAUCGGCGCCGAUUGUUUUAAGACACCGAGGAAGAAGCAAUUCCGAGCCGGGAUUUAUUCUGCGGCGUGUGCGAACAAGUGAAACAAGCGAGGGGAGCGAAAAAACUUCCUGAAUUGAACGGGGUUCCGUGAGCCAGACGACCCGGCGAAGCGAGUUUACGAAGAAGUGCUCUCAUAUUUCAGUUGUCUCUCAGCAAGCAAAGAGGGACUUGUUCGAAGCUGGCACACGGGCUUAUGAACUCUUUGGACCGCUAAUCAUCUGUGGACUUUGACUGCGCUUUAAAACAUUAUUUUCCCCUCCAACCAAACAAGCCAAUAUAACCCACAGAUAAAUAAGGAGUUGUUCCUCAAGUCCGCGGCAAUGGGGGAGCAGCCGAUCUACACUACCAGGGCCCAUGUCUUCCAAAUCGACCCAACCACCAAGAAGAACUGGGUCCCCGCCAGCAAGCAGGCUGUCACUGUCUCCUAUUUUUACGACAGCACACGCAACAGCUACCGCAUUAUCAGCGUGGAUGGAUCCAAGGUGAUCAUCAACAGCACAAUCACACCCAACAUGACGUUCACCAAGACGUCGCAGAAGUUCGGCCAGUGGGCAGACAGCAGAGCCAACACUGUGUUUGGUUUGGGCUUCGCUUCGGAGCAACAACUGUCAAAGUUUGCUGAGAAGUUCCAAGAGGUAAAAGAAGCAGCCAAGCUAGCAAGGGACAAAUCUCAAGAGAAGGUGGAGACGUUGAGUAAUCACUCCCAGGAGUCCGGACGUGAGACACCAUCAACCAACCAGGCGUCCAGCAUCAAUGGGACAGAUGAUGAGAAAAUCUCUCACGUUGGUCCGGAGGCUGCUCUGCUGAAGACCGAGAAUGAACGUCUCAAGAGCGCAGUAGAACAGAGUAACACCAACGCCAAGAAGUGGGAAACAGAGCUUCAGACUUUAAGAGAAAGUAAUGCCAGGCUGGUGGACUCACUGCAGGAGUCUUCAGCUAAUGUAGAGAGCUGGAAGAAACAGCUUAGUGCCUGCAAGGAAGAGAGUGACACGCUCAGGGAAAAGAUUGCAGAACUAGAAGCCCAGUGUAAUGAAGCCAAUCAGGAGAAGCAGAAAAACGCCCAACUGACAGUUCGAGUGAAGGAGUUGGAGGCUGAGCUGCAGGACAAAGAGCAGGAGCUGGAGAACCUGAGGAAGCAGGCAGAGAUAAUCCCUCAGCUCAUGGCGGAGUGCGAGACCAUCACCGCAAAACUACAGGCUGCUGAGACGAAGAACAAGGAACUGGAGGGCAGAAUAGAGGGUCUUCAGCUGGACAUAGACGACAGCCAACAAAAGCAGGGAAACAUGAAGGGCGAGCUGAAGAAGUUCAUGGAUAUUCUGGAUGGAAAGAUAGACGAGCUGCAUGAGUUCAGGCAGGGGCUCUCCAAGCUAGGUGUUGAUAACUGAGAAAAGUAGCACUGAGCUGAAAGGGUCAGAGGUCAGGUACGAAGGAUUCACUACAGUAUGUCUUCAGGGCAGGAACUAUGUGGCACCUACUCCCCCAAGGUGACGUCCACUCAGAAACUAUCAGCUUUGGCUUCUAAUAAACACUACCUUGUGAAAAAGAGAUGUGUUGGAGAGGGAGAGAGAGAGUGAGAGAGACUGGCAGACAAAGAGGAGGAAGGCCAGCGGGCUCCACCAAAUGGCUCUGUUUUGUGUGCUGGCAUUGUGAAACUAAAUCAAGAGUCACACUUUGAGCUUACUUAACCGUUUCUGUGGGGGAAAACGGCUUUAAAAAGCUGGUGGUGGGUUCUUAGAUUCUGUCCAUCUGUCUUUUUUUUCUAAAGGCUGCAGCACUUCUACACGGGCAGUCUGGGCUUAGAGUGGUGGAGGGGACUUAAAAGGGCUAAAAUGAACAACACACAAAGACAAUGCUGCUCAGCAUCAUUCAAGUAAUAAUUGGUGUUAAUCCUUGUGGCCCCCUCAGAGAAUUAGAGAUGAAAUCUUUCUACAGACUGUCGUCGCUGUUGCCUCUUGUCUAACUCAGGUGUGUUAGGAGACAGUUUGUACUCAUUAGAUUAUAUGCACAUAAAUGACAAAUGGCCGUGACACAAAGUGCCUCCAGGUGAGUCUAAAUCUACCUGGCAAGGAGAACUGGCCAAGUGAUGACCAUCACCAUAAUAACAACUUGAUUUUUGUGAGAAAACCAGUGGAUAAAUAAAUAUCUUUACUAAAAAAAUGAAAUGAAAAGAAAACACAGACAGGCUUGUCCAACCCGAGGAUGUUAAUGUGGCGAAAAACUCAAAGGACAAAACAGGUGUUUGCAUAGAAAUGACUCUUAGAAGGGACUGCAGCAGGAAUUUGUCAACUCUCUUGUGGGCGGUUUCAGUAAACAGUCCUUUUGAUUAUAUUUGCAUAAAGAAGAAAAAACUCUUGGUGUCUCAGGAGCUUUCCUUCACAAACAUCCAAAAUAAUAAUAGGAACCCCAUCUUGCCAUGAGUGUAGUGUUUAAAGGACUGUGUGUGUGCAAUAGUACUGUUGUUCGUUUGUACAACAAAGAUGUAUGUCUCCAAGGCUGUUGAUGUGCUUCCUACACACUAGUUUUUGUUAUGGUGGUGGUUAUUUUUGGGUGAGGGGACUUGGUGCUGCUCUAUGGGUGAAUAAUGUGAAAGUGUACUUCACUGAAAACAUUUAGGUGGCAUGGGCCUUUUCACUAAAACCCUGUCAGAUUUUUUGGUUUUGUUUUACACAUGUAUUUAUUUUUGGUGCCUCUCUGCAACUAGUGUUUCUAGAACAUACCAAGUAACUCCACCUUAACCUAAUGUUUCCACAGAUGUAUGAUAAUAUAUAAAAAAUACCAAACUGUCAGGAUUGAGAGGUUUUAUAACAGAGGAUUUGUUUGCAGGAUGGUGUCACAGCUGCUUUCGGGAAACCCGUCUUGAGACUUGGUACAUUUGAGAUCAAAGGCACAUGUUGUAGUGACAUAUUUACUCUGUAAUACUAUGACGUUAUAAGUCUAUAUUUUUCAUCACUGUUUUGAUCUUGUCAUAAGAUUGAGAUAUCUAAUGAAGGGAUUUUUUGCUUAUUGUUCUCUAUGUUUUGCCCUUUUGUUCGUAACUCACCUGAAUCUGGAUAACAGAACAUUUGAUCCUUCCUUUUGAACCAAUGCCUCUUGUGCACUUCUGUGAUUCCUGUUCAAUAUUGUACAAUAGAACCGACAAUUGGUAAAAUUUAGUUUAAUUACAA